AUGCUGCAAGAGAAAAACAAAGAAAAAGAAGAGAUAUCUAUGCUUAUUAAAGAUCUCAACGAGAGACACAGAAAGAACAAAGCAAUAUCCGCCAAUCUCCAAUUUACAGCCUUGAACAACAAAGACGUAUUCGAUGAGCAAGUCCGGCUGGACCACAUUUUCACCGAGAAAAGAUCAAAAAGCAUGCUAAAAAAGGCCUGGGGCAAGGUGCAGGGCCUCUGGAAUGGAAAAUAA